CCAAAGCAAUGCGCACCGCGGCGGCGAUUACGUUCUUCCAUGCUGCUUUUGCUUCGGCCGGUUCAGUUUGAACACUUUAACUGGCGCUGCUGCAGCUCGGCCGAAAACAGUCGCGGGUUGGUCGCGUUACGAGUCGCAGUAGCAGUUCGCGCGUAGUACAACGUGGGCUCCCGAACACCUGUUGCGCUGUCCGACGUCUUAAGACUGUCCGUCAUCGUUGCUUCAAUUUCGUGUUGGUCUGAAUCAGCAUGAGACAGCUGCUGAGGCACAGAACCGCCAGCCUGACUAACCAACUAGUGCUGUAGUAGUGCAUGUUGAAAAAUUGGUCCCUGAUUGGAAAUAUCCAUGAAAAAGCGGAAAAUACGACCGAUAUCGAAUGCGAGGUUUUCCAAAAAAAGAAUUACAAGUGCACAAUCUCGUGAAAGUAUUUAGUGGUACGAAAGUGAAACCAAAAAUAAAUUGAGUGCGUGUGAUCAAGGCAAAUCUAUAGUUGUCGGUUCUUGGCGAGGAAAAGGCCGAGUUGUGUAUGAUAAGCAAAUUCGCCAUAUACUAGUGGUCUAUUGAAAAUGGUGCAGAAGCAGAUGCUGGUAUUCAGCGUGGCUGUCGCAAUAAUGGUGAUCUAUCCAAACAAUGUUUUGACGGAACCAUGGAAGCCACUUGAGGAUGACGACAGUGGAGGGACAACCCUUCUCGAUCACUAUUUUGUACACCACUUCGAUCAUGAAGAACCAGACUCGGAACUGGCUGCAUCAUACGCUCUGCGGGCGCUGUCAAUCAACUGUGAAUGUGUAAAACUGCGCCACUGUCCAAAGAUUUUGGAAAUGCUAAGAACACCAAAGUCCAGUUAUAGUAAUUUUAAUUCAAAGUUGAAGCGACUAACUUGUGGCUAUAAUACGGAUCGGGAACCUAACAUCUGCUGCCCUCUGGAUGAUACAUGGCUAUCAGACGAUGUCGACGCACGACCACAAGCGGGACUUGGAUUUGGGGAUCAACGAAACUCGUUCGACGAACCAAACAACUUCAAGUAUUUGAAAAACGAUCGCAAUCGGUUCGGAUCCAGCAAUCGGAACUCUGCCAGAAAUAACUUCGUUACUUCAUUCGAAGACCCAGAAACAAUGAAAAACUGUCCACCGGUGAUCUCUUCUGCAGACGAGUUUGACAGACCGACAACGAAAGUAUAUGUUGCUCCGGCUGUUCGUCGAAGACCUACGACGACAACCUCGACUACAACAAUGACCCCUAGACGCCUAGUGCUUAGCGGCACUAGAACCGCAAUUACGCCGAUUACUAGUAAUCCAAUUAUCGAUCCAAAUGCUUCCUUAGUGAGCCCCGUUUCACCACCGGUGAUCAACGAUGCGUUGUGUGGGUUGUCUGUCAACACUCGGAUUAUUGGUGGUGAAACGGAGAUACCCGGACAGUUUCCCUGGAUAGCACGGUUGGCGUAUCGCAAUCGAACUUCCGGUCGCAUAACAUAUCGUUGCGCAGGUUCAUUGAUUACCAACCGACAUGUGAUCACUGUUGCCCAUUGUGUGACAAACUUGAUCGAUGAGCUACAGUUAGUCAACGUACGAUUGGGCGAUCUUGAGUGCAAUUCAGUAACGGACAACAGAUGCAAUUCACGCUUUCAGGAUUUUGCGAUCGAGCGCCUGAUGCCGCAUCAAAACUAUGAUACUCCAAAGUACGCUAACGAUAUUGCGGUGGUGAAGCUGCAGCAGGCAACUGAAAUCUUCAACAUUUUAAGUCCACUGUGCCUUCCGAUGGACCAGUACUCCAGCUACGGCAGAAACCUAACGGGAAAAACGGGUAUUAUUGCCGGAUGGGGAUCUACCAGCAACCGAAGCAACUCCCCAAGCCCGACCCUACAGUGGCUCCGUCUUCCGAUCGUUGACACGGCGCAGUGCGCCACAUCAUAUGCUCGUUACAGCGUCAACUCCCGCAACCCGAUCAUCGUUUCGGGUAGCCAAAUGUGCGUCCAGGGGCAGGAGAACAUGGACGCCUGCCAGGGCGACUCGGGCGGCCCUCUUAUGAAUGAAGCCAUUUCCAGCCGGGAUCGCUUCGUGUUGCUCGGUCUAGUCUCGUUCGGGCCUCGUACCUGCGGAGUGUCAAACUUCCCCGGAGUUUACACCCGGAUCUCUUCCUACAUCGAUUGGAUUCAGCGACAGGUUGAGCUGUAGUGAUGGUGGCCGUCGUGGCCUAUUAGUCGUUUAAGAUUAGGAACCAUCUUGUAAAUAGCACGCUUCUUGUGAAAUUCGAACUAAACUUUAUCAAAGAAAUGCCAAUGUAAAGAUAGAGAAAGGUUUAUAAUAAAAAGAAAACUGAUUA